AUGCCGCAGGUUAUGGGUGCCAACCCGAUCCUGCGUCUCGCCGUUACUGGCGUUGCGCAGGCGGGCGCAUCGAGACUCCUCCAGACAAGGACAAUAUCGACCUCCACCUCCACCGUACACCGUCUUUUCCGCCCCACAACGUCCACUGCCGGUCAACAGAUGCGCUUUUACAGCGGUGCCUCUGGUCUGACGUCGUCGUCUCUGCGCGCGUCGACCGGCUCCUCGUUCACGUCAAGCCGGACCGCCGUGCCGUUCACGCAGGCCGCGCAGCACAUGAUGGCCCGCUUGCAGCAGCAGCGCCGGAGUGUUGUCCUGUCCGGCGGUAUCUCCCGCAACCUUCUCGAGAACCGCGAGGCCGCCGCCAACCGCAACCCGAGCAGCGCGUCCGCCCAGAACGCCUUUUACCAGGUCCUCCUAAAGGCGAACAUGCCCAUGAUUGUCAUCGAGCGUUACAACUCGGGCCGCUUCGGCUCCAACGAGGCCACCACCGAGGCCUACCACCGCGCCCUGGGCAUGAUUAGCUCUACGCCCGGCGCUGUUCCAUCGUCCGUGGCCGAUAGCUCGGCCGUCGUGGGCGGCAUGAGCGGCUCCGGCCUGGCUGCCAACAACUCCCAGCUGUCGGCCACCCAGCUGCAGGCCGUGGGCCAGGCGAUUGCCGCGCAGCACCGUGGCGCGUCCAUUGCUGUGAGCAAGGGCGCGCAGGGGACGGGUGCCAAAGACGCGCCGAUCCACGUUGUGGUCGACCAGCCGAUUGGCGACGUGCUCUUUCGAUGGGUCAAGUUUGUCCUCUGGUUCUGUCUGUUCACGUACUUUAGUUUGGUCAUGAUAACGAUGCUGAUCGAGGGGCUGAACACGUUCAAACGUCCAACGGGCCGCUCGGACAACGAGGUCAAGGCCGAGAGCCAAAAGACCCGCUUCACGGAUGUCCACGGCUGUGACGAGGCCAAGGAGGAGCUGCAGGAGCUCGUCGACUUCCUCAAGAACCCCGCCGGCUUCUCCACGCUCGGCGGCAAGCUGCCCAAGGGCAUCCUGCUGGUGGGCCCGCCCGGUACCGGCAAGACGCUUCUGGCGCGUGCGGUGGCCGGCGAGGCCGGUGUUCCCUUCUUCUACAUGUCUGGCAGCGAGUUCGACGAGGUGUACGUCGGUGUUGGUGCCAAGCGCGUUCGCGAGCUCUUUUCGAGCGCGCGCUCCAAGUCGCCUGCGAUUGUGUUCAUCGACGAGCUGGACGCCAUUGGCAGCCGUCGCAACUCGCGCGACGCUGCGUACGUGAAGCAGACGCUGAACCAGCUCCUGACGGAGCUCGACGGCUUCGAACAGAACAGCGGCGUUAUCAUCCUCGCUGCGACCAACUUCCCCGAGCUGCUCGACAAGGCGCUGACGCGGCCUGGCCGCUUCGACCGCCUGGUCAACGUGGAUCUGCCCGACGUGCGCGGUCGCCUGGCCAUUCUGCAGCACCACGCCACCAAGGUCAAGGCCGCCAAGGACGUCGACCUCAACUCGAUUGCGCUGCAGACGUCCGGGCUGUCGGGUGCCGAGCUCGAGAGCAUCGUCAACCAGGCGGCGAUCCAUGCGAGCAAGGCCAAGUCGCAGUCGGUGAGCAAGAAGGACUUUGACUGGGCCAAGGACAAGGUGAUUAUGGGCGCGGAGCGCAAGAGCAUGGUGAUCAGCCCCAAGGAGAAGGAGCUGACGGCGUACCACGAGGCGGGCCAUGCGCUGGUGAGCUACUUUAGCCCGUCGGCGCCCAACAAGCUGUACAAGGUGACGGUGCUGCCGCGCGGUAGUUCGCUGGGCCACACGUCCAUGCUGCCGGAGAUGGACAAGUACUCGUACAGCGUCAAGGACUUUUUGGCCAUGAUCGAUGUGUCGCUCGGCGGCAAGCUGGCCGAGGAAAUUGUCUACGGCAACGAGAUGGUGACGGGCGGCGCGUCGAGUGACCUCGAACACGCCACGUCCAUUGCAUAUCGCAUGGUUACGCAGCUGGGCAUGUCGGAAAAGGUUGGCCCCGUCCAAUUCUGGAGCCGCUACAACCAGCUGAGCUCCGAGACCAAGUCGGUCAUUGAGGCCGAGGUCCAGAAGACGCUGUUUGAGGCGUACGACCGCUCGCGCAAGCUGCUCGUGUCGAAGCGGAAAGAGCUCGACCUGCUCGCCAAGGCGCUCCUCGAGUACGAGACGCUGGACAAGGACGAGGUCCUCAAGGUCAUCUCGGGCCAGAAACUGGCCGACCGCAUCCCCGUGCCUGUCGGGCCCAUGCUGGUGCCCAAGACACCGGGCCCGCUGGACGUGGCCAUGCCGCCCGGCCUCGGCCCAGACAGCGACGACAAUAAGGCGCCGCCGCCUCCACCGCAGACCGCCACGCCAUGA